AUGCCCCGAGAGAUAAUUUGUCUGCAAGUGGGGCAGUGCGGGAACCAGAUUGGCACAGAGUUUUGGAAGAAGCUCUGUGCGGAGCACGGGAUCAGCAAGGAUGGCCGUCUGGAGGACUUCGCUACGCAGGGUGGUGAUCGAAAGGAUGUGUUCUUCUACCAAGCCGACGAUGAGCACUAUGUGCCCCGUGCACUUUUGCUGGACUUAGAACCAAGGGUCAUCAAUGGCAUCCAGAACUCUGAGAUACGGAACUUGUUCAACCCUGAGAAUGUCUUCAUCUCCAAAGAGGGAGGUGGUGCAGGAAACAAUUGGGCGAGCGGAUACUGUCAGGGGGAGAAAGUGCAGGAGGCGUUGCUGGACAUGAUCGAUCGCGAAGCUGAAUACUGUGACAGCCUGGAGGGCUUCUGUUUGUGCCACUCCAUUGCUGGUGGAACUGGUUCGGGGAUGGGAUCAUAUCUGCUGGAGGCGCUGAAUGACAGAUGGGGCAAGAAACUGGUGCAGACAUACAGUGUGUUUCCUAAUCAACAGGAGUCGAGCGAUGUGGUCGUUCAGCCCUACAACUCCGUACUGACACUCAAACGCCUCACACUACAUGCUGAUGCUGUCGUUGUCCUGGACAACACUGCCCUCAAUCGAAUCGCUGUUGAGCGCCUGCACGUGGAGAGCCCAUCCUUCACAGUCACCAACUCCCUUGUGUCCACCGUCAUGGCAGCGUCUACCACAACUUUGCGCUAUCCUGGUUACAUGAACAACGAUCUUGUGGGUCUGAUCGCCUCGCUGAUCCCCACCCCAAGGUGCCACUUUCUCAUGACGGGAUACACGCCACUGACAGUGGAGGGGGAUCAGGGCCCCAUACAGAGCACCAUUCGGAAGACGACAGUCCUGGAUGUCAUGAGGCGGCUGCUGCAGAGCAAAAACAUCAUGGUGUCUGCCCAUGCCAGGGCGAAGGAGGCAAGCACUGCAAAGUACAUCUCCAUUUUGAACAUAAUCCAGGGUGAGGUGGACCCAACUCAAGUGCACAAGAGCCUGCAGCGAAUUCGAGAAAGAAAAUUGGCAAAUUUCAUCGAGUGGGGUCCUGCCAGCAUCCAGGUGGCCCUGUCGAAGAAGUCACCAUACGUGCAGACGGCACACCGUGUGAGCGGCCUUAUGUUGGCCAACCACACAAGUAUCCGCCACCUCUUCAACCGCUGCCUCUCACAGUACGACAAGCUCAUCAAGCGCAAGGCCUUUAUUGACAAAUACCAGCAGUUCCCCAUGUUCAGCAGGGAUGGCCAGGGCCUGGACUUCAUGCAGGACGAAUUCGACAAUUCGCGGGCCAUUCUGGCCGCCCUCUCGCAAGAGUACGAGGCAUGCGAGCAUGCAGAUUAUAUUGAGAGGUCUCGAGGAUCGUCGUGA